AUGGCGGACCCUCGGCACGCAGAUACUGGUCCGCCGCGGAUGCCACAGCAGCUAAGCAUUAUCGUCGGCCAACACGAGGACUGGAGUGGCGUAUCGGACCCUCUGGUAAGACGGAAGCUGCAGAAUCGUAUCCACCAGAGACAAUACCGCAAGCGAAGAGACACGAAGACGACAGAGACAAGGCGCGCUUCUCAAAACCCGGCACAAGCUCGAGACUUGCAGUCACUUAUCUGUCGCAUGUUCGAUGCUGCAGCUGGAGGCGUCCCUUUCGACGCUCGUCAGUGCACAGGCGCAGUGGCCUUCAGCAAGGCCGCCACUCUGGUGCCGGAAGAGGCCCUGAUAUCCUACUUCCAAGCCUGGCAAAACAGUGUUCACCGUGGUCCGACUCAUGGAUUGCGGGCUUGUGCGUCACCGUAUGCGGAUCAAGUCCUCGUACUAGCUAAGUUCAACGUCUUCCGCGCGCUGAUGUCCAAUUCACUUGCGCUUGGCUUUGCGACAGAGAACGGCAUGGACGACGACGCAGCCUCGCCGUUCUGCGACUCAUCACAAUCUCACCGCGACCUUUCGUCGCUUCCGGUAUCUAUGUUCCCUACUCGGCUACAACGCGAGAUCGACCAUCAUCCAUGGAUCGACCUGCUACCAUGCAGUAACAUGCGGGACAACAUUCUGCGCGCCGAGAACUUUGACGACAUGGCGCUAUGCGGCGACCUCGUUGGUAUCUUUAGCGCCUCGACGCUGAAGGAGGCUGGCCUGCUGGUGUGGGGUGACCCUUGGGUACUGUCCAAUUGGGAAAUGACGCAAGAUUUCUCGAAGCAUUGGUCGUGGCUGAUCGAAGGUUGUUGGGAACUAUGGGCAUCGACAAACAAGUGGCGCCAGUGCAGAGGUGAGGAGCCGCUCGCGGUGCUGCGCGUGGAGGAAUAUCGCACAUGGCCCCGAUCAAGUGGAGACGCCACGCUGCAUGAUUCGGACCCAUGA